AUAUUGCAGGUGCAAACAUGAGAAGCAAAGCCGAAAUGCGAAGCAAGUUGAGGCACUACAUGGAAAAACCAAGGAAGAUUUUACACAAGGCUAGAGACUUUUAUGUCAAGAGCAUGGAGGAUUGCGCUAGUAAGGUAGGUUAUGGCGGCGUGGUGGGCUGCCCCACUGCUCAAGUCUCUCGUUUGCCCAGAAGUUUUAGUGUCAAUUAUUCAAAGUCGAGGAACGAUGAUAAGUUUAGAGAAUUUCUAGCAGUAGUGUCCAAAAAAAUGGGGACUCAGAUGGAUUUGAAUGCGAGGGAAGAAGAGUUGAGACAACAGAAAAUGGAGAAUUAUGGGGCGGUGAAAAGAUGUUACACAAGUGUUGGACUUGGAAAGAUUGGGAGAAUUGAUGAAGAUAGGCCUUGUUAUUUUGAAGAAGAUAUGUUGUAUGCUAGAAGCAGAAGUUAUGCUGCCAAGGAACAAUUUCAAUUCUUUUAGGAAACUGAUUU